GUGGUGGCCUUAGGAGAAGUGCCUGAUGGGACGGUGGUCACCGUCAUGGCUGGAAACGAUGAGAACUACUCUGCAGAGCUGCGAAAUGCUUCUGCUGUGAUGAAGAACCAGGUGGCCAGAUUUAAUGACUUACGAUUUGUGGGCAGAAGUGGAAGAGGGAAGAGCUUUACUUUGACAAUAACUGUCCUGACAAAUCCCCCCCAAGUCGCUACAUACCACAGAGCAAUAAAGGUUACAGUGGAUGGGCCAAGGGAGCCGAGAAGGCACAGACAGAAGCUUGAUGACUCUAAACCUAGUUUGUUCUCUGAACGCCUCAGUGAUUUAGGGCGCAUUCCUCAUCCCAGUAUGAGAGUAGGGGUCCCGACCCAGAGCCCACGGCCCUCCCUGAACUCUACACCAAGUCCUUUUAAUCCACAAGGACAGAGUCAGAUUACAGACCCCAGGCAGGCGCAGUCGUCCCCGCCAUGGUCCUAUGACCAGUCUUACCCAUCCUACUUGAGCCAGAUGACUUCACCGUCCAUUCACUCCACAACUCCCCUGUCCUCCACUCGAGGCACAGGACUUCCAGCCAUUACCGAUGUACCCAGACGCCUCUCAGGUGCUUCAGAGCUGGGCCCAUUUUCAGAUCCCAGGCAGUUCACAAGCAUUUCAUCCCUCACUGAGAGCCGCUUCUCCAACCCACGAAUGCACUAUCCAGCCACCUUUACCUAUACACCGCCAGUCACCUCAGGCAUGUCACUGGGUAUGUCCGCAACCACUCACUACCACACCUACCUACCACCACCCUACCCCGGCUCUUCCCAAAACCAAAGUGGACCUUUCCAGACCAGCAGCACUCCAUAUCUCUACUAUGGCACUUCGUCAGGAUCAUACCAGUUCCCCAUGGUGCCGGGAGGGGACCGCUCCCCUUCCAGGAUGCUUCCUCCGUGCACCACCACGUCCAACGGCAGCACGCUGUUAAACCCUAACUUGCCCAACCAGAGUGACGGUGUGGAGGCGGAUGGCAGCCACAGCAGCUCCCCAACCGUCUUGAAUUCUAGUGGCAGAAUGGAUGAGUCUGUUUACUCAGACCCUUGCACGCCUGAUGCUCCACCUGCUGCCACUUCACCACCAACCUCUGAAGAACCUGGACCUUUCACAGCUCCAGCAUCACCCUCCUCUUCCUCUGACACUGGUACUGCGUCAUUUUCACCACCGUUACCUGCCUGUGUUGCAGCCUUACAUCCCAAACCGCCUCCUAUUCCACCAUCGACAUCAGCUUCUGCUGCCACUGUUCACCCUGGACUCCCUUCUCUCCCUGCACCACCUGCCUCUACUCCAUCCCUGCACCCUGGGCUUUAUUUGCCGGUAGUCCCACCCGGCACUGCCACCCACCUCAUCAACUGGCUGCCCUUCCUUGCUUCUGCAACGCUUGCCACCAUUCGAGGGAAGGAGGAAGACCAGCCACCCAUAAGAACAGGCUCCCUGGAAGGCAUGAAGCGCUGCAGCAGCACACCCCCACACCCCUCCCAUGAUGCAAAUCCCCAGGCAACACCAAUGGAAAACAGGGCUCCGGGGGCUGCUUCAUCACCACCGGCUGCCCACGCCAUGCCCCCGAGUUCUGAGCAGGCAUCGGUGAAUGUGAAUGACAUCCUGGCAGAGCUGCGGACGAUGAACAGCCAUCUCUCCAUCAUCGCCCGAGCCCUGACGCAGCUGGCGUCGUCACUGGCACCGCAGCAGGAUGCACGUGGCACCCCACCUCCUUAG